AUGGAAGUUGGAAGCCCAGAUUUGGACAGUCUUGACGGCUUGGAUCUCACCUCAGAAUCUGGCAGUGACUUCGAAGCCCAACCAAGUAACUCAAAGCGGAGAAAACAAGCAUUAAAUCCACCGCUGCCACCCAAGAGACCCAGGCGUGCUGCUGCAUUGAGGUUGACACUGAGUCCCGGCAGCAGCCCCAUCUCCCCUCCUCCAGGCCCGUCCCUGCAGCAGCAGCCGAACCAAGGAUCAGGCAGCCAGGACUCUCCUACACCAGCAGAAAGCCUGGGCAACGGGAGCCCGGGUAUCAGUGCUAAGGAUAUCUAUGAUGCUGUCUGCUCGGGAAAGAGCGCCAUAGUGACGGUGGUGGAAGAGUGGCUGGACGGCUACAAACAGAGCCGCGAGGCCGGGCUGCUGGUGCUCAUCAACUUCAUUGUUCAGUCCUGCGGAUGUAAAGGUGUGGUCACCAGAGAGAUGUUUGAAACCAUGCAGAAUGCUGACAUCAUAGGCAAUCUAACCAAGGAGUUCAAUGAGGAUUCAGUGAACUACCCUCUAAGCACUCCAGGUCCUCAGAUGAAGCGUUUCAAAGCCAGUCUGUGCGAGUUCUUUAGGGUUCUGGUGCGCUCCUGUCGUAACAGCCUCAUUUAUGACGAAUACCUCUUCCCCUCCCUACUGGCGCUGCUCACUGGCUUGUCGGACUCCCAGGUCCGAGCCUUCAGACACACCAGCACCCUGCUCGCCAUGAAGCUGAUGACAGAGAUGGUGGAGGUGUCGGUGACGGUGUCUGUGCAGCUGCAGACCACCCAGCGGAGGGCAGACAUGGAGAACAGCAAGAGGCCUCAUGAACGAUCCACUGACAGACUGGAGGACCUGAGGGCCGCCUUCAGUCAGCUACAAGAGAACAGACAGGACUUGUCCUCCAUGGUCAACGGCAUCCUCCGUGGUGUGUUUGUGCACCGUUACCGAGACAGAGUGCCUGAGAUCCGCUCAGUGUGUAUUGAGGGGUUGGGACUUUGGGUGAAAACAAACCCAGAGGACUUUCUCAAUGACGGAUGUCUGAAAUAUUUCGGAUGGACCCUUCAUGACAAGCAAAGUCCAGUGCGUCUGCAGUGUGUGCGCGCCCUGCAGGGUCUGUAUCAAGAGAAAGAAUUCAUUGGCCGCCUGGAGCUUUUCACCAGCAGAUUUAAAGAAAGGAUUCUCGCGAUGGUGCUGGACAAAGACCCAGACGUGGCAGUCGAAGUGGUGAAUCUGUUGAUGACGAUCGACCAGACCACGGAUGAAGGCCUGAAUGAGGAGGAAUGCCACCAGAUCUUUCCCUUAAUUUAUGCUUUACAUCGAGGCCUGGCAUCUACAGCGGGUGCAUUUGUGUACAACAAGCUGAAAGAUAUGACUGGCCCUGGGGACAAUGGUGAUGAGUGGAGCAACAAUGCAGCCUUUUUACAAAUUCUCGUCACAUUCUUCAUCGAAAGUCAGUUCCACGACCAUGGGGCGUACCUGGUGGACAGUCUGUGGGCGGUGGCAGGAUCGGAGCUGAGAGACUGGGGCACCAUGACAGAUGUGCUGCUACAGGAUACUGGUCUCACGUAUGACGAGGAGGGGGUGCUCUUAGAGAUUAUGAUGUGUGCAAUGAGACAGGCAUCGCAGGCGACGCCACCCACAGGGAGAGCUCCAGGCAAAAAGAUGUUGAGUAUGAAGGAUAAGAAGAUUCAAGAACAAGACAGGAGUCGCAUCACCACGCACUUCAUCCCCAUACUACCACAGCUGCUUGCCAAGUACUCAGCAGAUGGAGGGAAGGUGAGUCUCCUUCUCAAGGCUCCGCUUUACUUUGAUCUGGACAUGUACAGCAGCAUUCAGCGGUUUGACAAGCAUCUGGAUCUGCUGCUGUCUGAGAUAUGUGACAUCAUGAAAAAGCACACAGAUGGGAUUGUGCUGCAGGCUGGCGCCCGCCUGGUCAGCAGUCUCUGCUCAGAGCGCUACACCUUCUCCUCCCGCGCUAACCAGGCCUUUAGCCAGCUGUUUGACGACCUGACCGACUGUUUCAACACCUACUUCGACGACUUGCUGCAGGGUGCCGCAGAUGACGAUGAAGUAUACAUGGCAGCGAUUGCCUUAAAAAGGAUUGCUGUCCUGAGCAGUGCUAAGGACCUGAAUGACUGGAAUCUGUUUGACUCAUGCCUUAAAUUGCUGAAGAGCAGGACUGACUCUCUGGAGAUUCACACUGAGCUCAUCGUUUCGGCUCUGAAGUUUGCAGCUUUUCACCUGAUGUGGGCCAAAGUAAAUGCAGUCAACUCCCAACCAUCCAAGGCGGAUCUGAAGCGUCUGAUGAAAGCGGUGGGUUCGUUCUGCAGACUCUCUCAGAUAUGUCUGUCCAUGGAGGAGGCUGAGGUCAGAGAUGAGGCGUUUGAGCUUUUGUGUGACUUGCUGCUGUUGUACAGCGUGUCGUCAGUCAGCACCGAUCCCGCCCUGCAGGCGCUGGUCCACCUGCCCGCCGACUCUCUGCGCUCCGAGCUGGCCGCUUUCGUUCUGGACAACGUCUUCGCCGAGACCGAGGAGGCCGAGUGGACUGAUGAACAUGAGGUUAAGAUGAAGAUUACGUUACUUCAGAGAAGGCGCAACCAACUGGCUGGCUACUGUAAACUAGUAAUGUUCGGGGUGUUGGACCUUUCUGCUGCCACUACUGUGUUCAAGCACUACAGCAAGUUCUUUAAAGACUAUGGUGACAUCAUCAAGGAGACUUUGAGCAGGAGUAAGCUCAUCAACCCUGUACUGAGUGCCAAGACUCUCUGCCUCACAUUACAGCAGUUGUUCUCUGAAAUGCUCACGGAGGACCGGAGCCAUCAGGACCCCACUGAGAUCAGAGAGUUGGCCAAGAAGUUCGCUAUGAGCUUCGGCAUCGAUCUUCACCGUGUUCGUAAACCGAUAGUGGCUCUGCACAUGGACAGUAUACGUUUUGCAUUUCGACGCUCAGCGGAGGGAGAGGAGGGAGAGGAGCAGCAUCCCUACGUGCCGUUCUUGGAAAUCCUCAGCGAGUUCAGCUUCAAGUUGCUUCAGCAGGACCGAGUGGUACUAGCCGGGUUCAUGAAGUCCGAGUGUCCCGCUGCUGCCCUCUCCUGUCCAGCCGUCAGACUGUACCGAGCUUCUCUAGAGUCUCGCUCCUCUGCAAAGCCUCGGGAGCCGGAGACGGGAGGCGACGCACUUUCCUCCAUACAUACUCCUGUAUCCAAACGCAAGAAGACUGCUGCUCAGGGUUCAGCCGACAGCAUCAUCAGAUGGCCCGGGUUGGAGACCAGCAGUGUCCACAGCCAACUGCACACCCCACGGCUCACCUCCACCAUCCUGAAACAGCCAGCCAAGCAGCCAAACAAGCAGCGGAACAAGCAGCCAAACAAGCCGCCAAACAAGCAGCCAAAGAAGCAGCCAGCCUCCAGUAAACAAGUAGCCAGGGAGGCCGAUACUGGUACCAGUUUAACUGGGCUGGAGUCGGAGGAUGAGUUCUCCUCGGCCCCACUGAGUCGAAAAGUGAAGCCUGCCAAAAGAAACAGGUUGUCUACCACCCAGACUACAACCCCGGAGGAGAUGGAGGAUCUGGACUCUGAGCUCAAUAUGCUCUCUCUGAUUGAGGAGGACUUUUCAGAGGGAGACAAAGAAAAUGUUUCAGGUGGAGACGAACCAGAGAUUGAAGAUUACGAAAGUGACUCAGACACUGGAUACACACUGCCAUCCACUCGCCACACUUCAGCUACGUUCCUGGAUGAGCUGUUUGACUCCUGA